UGCAAACCUAGACGGAGGGGGCAGACGACAGAGAGGCUUGCCCUGUUCCUACUUUUGAGCAAAGCUUUUAUAGUCUCUCCUUAGAGCGAGAAAGUAGAGGGAACGGAGAGAGAGGGGGACAGAGGAUGCCAUUGCAGUAGGCGAUUUGUUCUAAGGAGGAAGAUUUCUCGCUGCUUUGGUGGCAUUACGAUCGUUAUCUACGGGAGAGCUAAGCCGCCCAUAACGGUCUCCGAGAUCCGUUUUGGGCUCUUUGGAUUCCCCGCCGGCUGAUAGAUUCUUGGCUAUUUAUUGAGGUCGGUAGGAACAGUUAACUGCGGUUAAGAGGCAAGGGAAGUUGGCCGAAGAAGAAGAGGUUGUCCGUCUCUUUGUCUGUCUUCUCGCCUCUCUUUAUCCCUUGCUAAGCUUAGAGAUGGGGUGCCAGAGCUGGAGCUCUUACUUGGAGGAGUACCAGAAGCUCGUCUACCGAUUAGACACUCCCAGGGUCGUGAUCGAUAAUGGCGCCUGCCCCAGUGCUACUGUUGUCAAGGUGGACAGUGCUCGAAAGCAUGGAAUAUUGCUUGAUGCAGUUCAGGUCCUCACAGAUUUGAACCUUUCCAUCAAGAAAGCUUACAUCUCCUCUGAUGGAAGAUGGUUCAUGGAUGCUUUCCAUGUCACCGAUCAAGACGGCAAAAAAUUAACCGAGGAGAGCGUCAUGAGCUACAUCGAACAGUCCCUUGGAACGAUCCAGUGUGGGAGAACCAAUGACUAUACUGGCCUGACGGUUCUCGAGCUAACAGGCACUGAUCGUGUGGGCCUCCUCUCGGAAGUGUUUGCAGUUCUCGCCCACUUGGACUGUAAUGUGGUCGAGGCCAAGGCUUGGACCCACAAUGGACGAAUCGCGUCCAUAAUCUACGUGAAGGACAAAAACUCUGGAUCGCCAAUUGAGGACUCCCAACAGAUAUACCGCAUUGAAGCCCUCCUGAGGAGCGUCCUUAAGGGGGACAGUGAUAUUAGGAGUGCUAGGACCUCUGUCUCAAUGGUUGCGGUGACCCAUACCGAGCGGCGGCUCCACCAGAUGAUGUUUGCCGAUAGGGACUAUGAGAGGAGUAGGCCUGCGGCAGAGAUUGCAGCAGAAGAUGACUCCUCUGCGGUGGCAGUGACAGUGCUGAACUGGGUGGAGUGGGGAUACUCUGUGGUGAAUGUGCAGUGCAGGGACAGGACAAAGCUCCUGUUUGAUGUCGUCUGCACGCUGACAGACAUGCAGUAUGUCGUGUUCCACGCAACCAUCAACACGUCGUCCGAAAACAUUGCCAACCUGGAGUUCUACAUUAGGCACAUUGAUGGAACCCCAAUUAGUUCCGAAGCUGAAAAGCAACGGGUGAUCCAAUACCUGGAAGCUGCAGUUGAAAGACGAGCGUCCGAGGGUGUGAGAUUAGAACUCUGCAUAGCAGAUAGGCAGGGUUUACUGGCCGAUGUUACAAGGACAUUUCGGGAGAAUGGGCUCAAUGUAACGAGAGCGGAGGUAUCCACCACGAUGGGGACGGCCUUUAACGUGUUCUAUGUGACAGAUGGGGUCGGGAACCCAGCGGACCCCAAGAUAAUAGAGGCGGUGAGGGAGAGGAUCGGGUUGAGUGAGUUACAAGUUAAGGAAGUACCAUUAGUCCACAGCCAGAAGGGAGAGAGGGAAGAGGAGGCAGCUGGUGGGGUUGCUGGGGCCAUGUUGUUUUCUAUUGGAAGCCUAGUGAAGAGGAAUCUCUACAAUCUCGGGCUCAUCCGAUCACACUCCUAAAAGAAAGAUAGUUCAAGAAUCACGGAUCUUUUAGGGUCGGCUAGAAAGCAGGGACACUGAUCGGGUAGCCGAGCAGAUAGAUCGGGCCGGAUCGGGUGUUGGGAGAAAGCACCACAGAUGGGGUGGCAUAAUUCUUCGCUAGAGAUUGGGGAGAUUGUGUUUUGUGUAUAUAUGAGAGAUAGAGAGGGGGAAUUUGGUAAGAGUGAGUUGGUAUAGAAUAGAAGUUGGGUAGGUUCUGUUGGUUGGGUGGAAUAGAGAAGGAGAUAGAGAGAUUAGCAGAGGAUCGGGACCUCUCCAUUUUUUCUUGAAAAAAAAAAAAAGGGGAGGUUGUGGUUGGAAUCUUAUUGGAGUUUGAUUGGUAGAAGGGAGGGAGAGAGGCAGAGUAGGCUGUAGAUUAGGAAGGAUUGUUUAUUUCACAGAAAAUCUGGUUGUAGUUUGUACAUAUUUUGGUUGAAAUUUGGUUUUAUAUUUAAUGGUUGACUUGUUUUCUAUUU